GGCGAAUUUCAACGAGGCGGAGACGGAGGUGCUGAUCGAGCAGGUGCUGAAGCACGAACAGCUACUGUUCGCGGCGGGACCCGGCCGCGCCUCCCCGGGCCAGAAGAGGAAGGUGUGGGAGCUGAUCCGGCACAAGGUGAACCCGGUGGCUGCCUGCCCCCGCGACGUGGAGGACCUGAAGAAGCGCUGGCGGGACCUGAAGCGCCGCGACCGCAGCAAGCUGUGCCGCCUCUCGCAGGGCUGCGGGCCGCCGGGCCCCCCCGCCCUCGGCCUCCUUCUGGCCCCCGAGGAGCUGCCGCCUGCGCCGCCCGCCCGCCGCCAGCGCCGCGCCUAUGGCUCCCUGCUGCCCGCCGAGGCCGUGCCCAUCGUGGGCGGCAUCGACACGCUGGAGCUGCCCGGCGCCGUCGUGGGGGACAUGGGGUUUAAUGGCAAUCCUGGCCCAUCUCAUCAAUGCAGUGUUGAGAAGAUGAACCUCAAAGAAGAAAUAGUAGUGAAGGUGGUAGAGCCAGAAGAAAGCUCUGAGGACAUGGUUGUGGUUUCACCUAAUCAAGAAGAACUGCCUUUUCUAGGGACAUCAGGCAGUAGUUCUUCUGGGAAAGUAAAAGCCAAAACAAAAGGCAGGUCUCAGGCAGACCAAAAUGAAAUAACUGAAGAGGACCUACUCCAGAUUCAGCAGACCCAGAUUCAGGUGAUCCAGUCUGGCUUUGACAGUGUCAACCACAAUCUUCGGCUGCUGCAGCAAGGCAUGCAGGAUCUGAGUAACAGCAUCAGCAUCAUGGCGCAUACGCUUGUUGCUAUCAAAAACGUCUAUGUGAAAAACAACACUGGCCCAACCACACAUGCCACUGCCUCUACUCAGACCACAGCUGGGUACCUGAGCCCAGGUUCCCCCCAGAUCUCCCCUCCUGAGGACAGAGGUAGAGUGCAGAUGGCUGGAAGCAGCAGCAGAAGCAGCAGCAGCAGCUCCAGCUCCAUGACACAAGAACCAGGUCCCUCUGAGUUUUCUAGGCCCUCUGUGAGAACCAUUAAGAAAGAACAUCCAAAUGGCUGCUACUACUUCUGCUUUGCAGAUGUGUAAAAACUUGAAUAUAUGUAAAGUGACUGUGGUGUUAGGUGCUGUUGUAUGUUCUGCUCCGGCCUGUGACUUUGAAGGAGCAAAGUGGACUUGCCUCCUGUGUUUUUCCCAGUGGGAAACAUUUUUGCUAUAGGUGGCAUUAAACACUAAUUACCAGUCUCCCGUUUGUUAACUCUGUUGCAGUUGGCUAAUAUUUUUCUUCUGUUUUCUUUAUCCUCUUACUCUCUUAAAAAAACAAACAUUUGAGUAAGACUUUUGUCUAUAUCAUCCUUUGUUUCAUGUCACCUUUUGAAAAAUAAAAGGCAUGA